AUGGUUGAGGUGUGUCAACAAAUCCCUCACACCAGCAUGUCCAGUCUGAGUGAUGGGGUGAUGAAACACCCAAAUAACAAUGUGGAGCUUUUCGAGUUCAACAUUGGACAGGCACUGCACAUGCGUUGUGUAAACACUAAAAAAGCAUGUGGACAAUGUGAAUCUUGUCAGCUGAAUACUAAAUUAAAAGAGGCUAAGGAAUGGUUGGGAAAAUUUGGAGACCAUUCUAAAAAACGUUUUAUGUUAGGGCUAAUGCGACGGUUUCAGAGUGUUGAUUUGCUGCAGCAGAUGGUGACUUUGUUACAGCCUUUGUUAUAUAAAGAUUUUACAUAUGCCAGGAGUCGAACAACGCCCAGUCUGAAAACUGAUACAGCUUCGCUCAGUUCUGAUCGUGCUGUUCCAUCCAAAGAUGUUGAAGCUUUCAUUUUGACAACAUGGAAUUGGUUUCAGAAGGCCAACUAUUGGUCAAAAGCAAACUAUGCAAUGUCUUUGCUGCAACUUUGUGACAGCCAUCUGCUCCAUAUUCUUGGGACCCAAGCACGAACCCUUCUUGUGUCUGAAGAGCGAGCAGCAUCCUUUGCAGCAGAAGAUGACCUGCUAGAGGCAGCUUCUAUAGCAAGUACUAAUUACACAUAUCAAUCCGACGAGCGACCUGACCUUGACCUUCUUAUCCGAGCAACACCUGAGUAUGGCAUUCCAAAACUUAAUCCACUCACUGGUGAAGAACUCUUCUUGGAUGAUGAAAUUGAAAAUGAUGAUAGUGGUGAUGAAAGUUUCACUUCCAUGGACAUUCUGUCAGUUGAUCCAGCAUGUAUGGUGGUUCCAACAUCAGCAAAGGCUUCCUCUGGGGUUGCAAAAUAUAAAGACUUCAUCCGCUUUCUGCCUGUUCAUAUUGCUAAAUAUGUGCUGGGAUUUUUGGACAUUGCUACAUUACACAAUGCACUGUGUGUAAGUAAUUACUGGAGCUCUCUUGUGGAGGAGGUACAUAAGGAGUUCCGUAUUAACCAGGACCUAUGUGAGGAAGUAAUGCUGAUGCAGGGUGCUUCAGCACAAGGUGCAAACCCAGUAUACGCCAAAGAUGUAGAUGUUCUUGUGCCAAAUCGGCACCUGGGUACAAGGGAGAUAAUUACCACAAAAGAUCAAGUUGUCAAAGCCAAGUAUAAGAAUGAGGUCAAUUUUGAAACAGCUUUGUCAGGAAUAUCAUGUCGCAAGGUCAUCAUGGAGGAGCGCAAUGUCUAUUGUGGCUCAUAUAAUGUCAUGGUGCUCAAAGAUGUUGAGGACUCUCAUCGUGUUGUACACACCUGUGGAGGUAAACUGAUAGCCAUUGGGUCAAAGGAUCGUAAGGUACGCUUUAUAGAGCGAGAGUCUGGAAAAGAGCAGGGUCCAGUGAUUACUGGACAUGCUGGAAGUGUCCGCUGUGUUUACCUGUGUGAGGAUGAUGGCUACGUCCUUAGUGGCAGUUACGACACUAGUAUUAGGAUGUGGAACAUGGAGACUGGCAAGUGUAUGAGAAUAUUUCGUGGUCACCGAGACACAAUCCUCACAGUCAUGGUGUAUGGUGAUUACUUAGUUUCUGGUGCCAAAGAUAACUGCUGUAAAGUUUGGAACAUGCAAACUGGAAAGUGUCAGCGGACAUUUAAACAUCGUAAACCUGUGUGGGCAGUGGCCAUGAAUGAGGAACUGUGUAUCACUGGGUGUGAGGGAGGUCGAGUGAAGGUCUGGGACGUGAAGACAGGCGACCUUGUCAAGAUGUUAAGUGGUCAUCAUGACCAGGUGACAUCCAUCAAGUUUGACAAGUGGCACAUCAUCACCGGCAGCAAGGAUGGUUACGCUUUAGUAUGGAGUGCACAAGGCUACCUCAGUCGCUGUCUCAACGCCCUCAGGCAUCCCAAGGCCGUCCUUUGUGUAGAGUUCAUGUACCUUCGUGUUAUCACUGGAUCAGCUGAUGGGCGACUCCGCAUCUGGAACAUGGUUAACGGACAGUGUUGUCGGAUCAUGCGUGGAAACAGUCGUAGUGAUGCAAUACAGUCAAUCAUUGCCAUUGGUAACAGGAUUACACUUAAUACCAGUGUUAACCUGUUGGUACUCAACUUUGAGAAAGUUGAGUGGGAUUAUACACUGGAGAAUGACAAAGUUCCACCACUGGUACAGUAUAGCUCAUACGCUGACACGCCCAUCAGGUCUCACCCAUACUCCUACAUCCGAGCGCAGAGAAUGGUACGAGCUGGUGCCACAAACUCAAAAAUAGUCUUACACAACCGACCAGGGGAGAUACAGGAACGGCACCUGGACAGUGGACGGAUUCUCCCUCAAACUUCAUUCCAUGCACCGCAGUACCCUCACAGCGCAAAGACCUUAAGUUCGCGUAGUAUGGCAAGUGCGAGACAAAUACAAAGUCAGGGCUUCGCUGAUGUAGGAUUUGAAAGCAUGCAUUUCACAGCCGGCACCGAGUCCCGUUUGGCACUGUCUGAAGUCAAAACUGCUGUCUCAAGUCGAGGGAAGAGUCGAGCCUCUACUGCCCCUUCAAAGCCUCCACUGCCAAAGACGCGACCCUUAACGCACAAGUCUGGGGUAUCACAACAUAGUGUGAUCAUCGCUGAACCUAAUCCAGAUCAGUAUGAUGAUGACGAUGAUGACGAGAAUGGACCAUCAGCUUCAGGUCUAAAGCGAAGAGUUUCCUGGGCAUUUGAGAAGCCCCUCCUUCCAAAGUCUAAAGAUAUUUCUCUUUCAGAGACAAAGUCAUUGCUACGGUCACAGAUCCGGAUGAAGUCUGAGAGUAUUGUGCCACCAGAUUUCAUUUACAUGACUGUGAAUGCCAUUCAGAAUUCCAUGAAGACAACAGAAACAAACAGUAAUACACAGGUAAACUUUAAACUAACAAAUAAUCUUGCAGAUACAUUGAAAAAUAGGCCUAGUUCUUCUCCACCAAAAAUUGACCCCCGUACUAGAUUGGGUCCUGGAGAGAUAGGAAUAGAAAAGUUUAUUAUUGAAGACAAAGUGGACACCAUGUCAGAAUUCUCUGAUGUCAAAUCUAUAAAAUCUAUCAAAUCAACAAAAGCAAAGGAUGAUGGGAUGCCAGAGAGUCCAGAAAAAGAAAUAUAUGCCACACCAUGCGACAUUAAACCAACUAAAAUUAAAUUAAGACAAAGUUUGCAUUCAAAAAAGACAAAAAGCACUGUGCCAAUUGGUCGAGUCAUCAGGCCAAUAUCUGCAUCUGCCAAGCGAAAAGAGACUGAUCCUGAAUUAAAGGCACGUGGAAUUCGACCAGGAACAGCCCCAGCUCAAACAAAUCGUCCAGAUACAGCUGUGUCUGUUAGGUCCACUAUUGCACCUUCGCUGCCUGGAGUGUCUCCUCCACAGAAACCUCGAGGCCAAUAUGGUCUUUCAAGCACAGCUAUGGAGUCCAGUGUUGUUCCUAUGCUGAUGUACCCUGCUGACAUGAAGGAGAAAUUAUCACAGUUGAUUCAAGAAAAACGAAGUCAAAACAAAAUUGAAGAUGUGCAAUCAGCAGGUGAUGGUACUGGUCAGAUAUUGGGAAAAGUUAGUGCUUAUAAUGAUCCAAUGCGGAGUCAUGUGAAAUUUGAUCUGCGAACAUAUGAACAGGAGAAAGACUACAUCAGUAGCAUAGAGAAAAUGUUCUCAGAGCAAAAACUGCGAGAGGAAGAAGAACUGGAGAAAAAGCAACGCUCAGCUUGGUUAGCUCGUGCUAAAUCCAGACCACGUUCACAACAGCCACCUUCAAAAGUCCGACCAGGGUCCAAUAUUAAUAGUCCAAAGUCCAGGCCAUCAUCCUUGUGUCCUAAUCAAGUGAAGAUCCGUCCACAUUCACAACCUCCUUGCUAA